AUGGCCAUGAACACGAGCAAGGCGGCGACGUCGGACAAGCAGCUGCAGGACAUCGACGACUGGCUGCCCAUCACCUCCUCCCGGAACGCCAAGUGGUGGUACUCGGCCUUCCACAAUGUCACCGCCAUGGUCGGCGCCGGCGUCCUCAGCCUGCCCUACGCCAUGUCCGAGCUCGGAUGGGGUCCUGGCGUGGCGGCGAUGAUCCUGUCGUGGGCGAUCACCCUGUACACGCUGUGGCAGAUGGUGGAGAUGCACGAGUGCGUGCCGGGCAAGCGCUUCGACCGCUACCACGAGCUGGGCCAGCACGCCUUCGGCCAGAAGCUGGGCCUCUGGAUCGUCGUCCCGCAGCAGCUCGUCGUCGAGGUCGGCGUCUGCAUCGUCUACAUGGUCACCGGCGGCAAGUCGCUCAAGAAGGUCCACGACCUGCUCCGCCCGGAGCACAGCCACCCGAUCCGCACCAGCUACUUCAUCUGCAUCUUCGGCUCCGCCCACUUCCUCCUCUCCCAGCUCCCCAACUUCAACUCCAUCACCGGCGUCUCCCUCGCCGCCGCCGUCAUGUCCCUCAGCUACUCCACCAUCGCCUGGGCGGCCUCACUGCACAAAGCCGGCAAGGCCGGGCCCGGCCAUGUGGUCGACUACAGCAUGACGGCGUCCACCACCCCCGGGAGGACCUUCAACUUCCUCAGCGCGCUCGGGGACGUGGCGUUCGCCUACGCCGGCCACAACGUGGUGCUGGAGAUCCAGGCCACCAUCCCCUCCACGCCAGAGAAGCCGUCCAAGAAGCCCAUGUGGCGGGGCGUCGUCCUGGCCUACAUCGUCGUCGCCAUCUGCUACCUCCCCGUCGCCUUCCUCGGCUACUACGUCUUCGGCAACGCCGUCGACGACAACAUCCUCAUCACCCUCGAGAAGCCCCGCUGGCUCAUCGCCGCCGCCAACAUGUUCGUCGUCAUCCACGUCAUCGGCAGCUACCAGAUCUAUGCGAUGCCGGUCUUCGACAUGCUCGAGACCUUCCUGGUGAAGAAGCUAAGGUUUAAGCCCGGGUGGCCACUUCGUCUCAUCGCACGCUCGCUCUACGUUGCAUUCACCAUGCUCGUCGGCAUCGCCAUCCCCUUCUUCGGUGGGCUACUAGGCUUCUUUGGUGGUUUUGCAUUUGCCCCAACAACCUACUUCCUUCCCUGCAUUAUGUGGCUGGCAAUCAAGAAGCCAGCGAGGUUCAGCAUGUCCUGGUGCAUCAACUGGAUAUGCAUAAUCAUCGGCGUGCUUCUGUCUGUGUUGGCGCCCAUCGGAGGCCUCCGUUCCAUCAUCAUCAACUACAAGACCUACCAAUUCUUCUCAUGA